AUGACUCGCCAUGCCAGAAACUGUACGGCUGGAGCCGUAUAUACGUAUCAUGAGAAAAAGAAAGACGCUGCUGCGUCUGGAUAUGGUACUCAAAGCGAAAGAGUUGGAAAAGAUUCCGUGAAAAACUUUGACUGUUGUAGCUUGACUUUGCAACCGUGCAGAAACCCCGUUAUUACAAAAGAUGGUUAUUUAUUUGAUAAAGAAGCUAUAUUGGAAUAUGUCAUAGCAAAGAAAAAUGAGUACACUAGAAAGUUGAAGCAAUACGAAAAACAAUCGAAAAAAGAAGAGGCAGAAAAGAAAGAGCUGGCAGAAGCGGAAAAGGAAGCAAAUUUGAUUAAAUUUAUGAGCAGGGAAAAGAAUAUUUCAAAUAAUGGUGGAAGUAGUUCAGAAAACAAUCCAACGACCUCAAGUUCGAUUUCAAAUUUGGCAAAUGGCAAGAAUAAAGAGUUGCCUAGCUUUUGGGUGCCUUCUCAGCUACCUGAUGCCAAAAUUUCAAAAAUGGAAAAACCAGACCCUACAGUAUACUGUCCCAUCAGUGGUAAACCAUUAAAAAUUAAGGAUUUAAUAGAUGUUAAGUGGACAUUAGUAAAUGACCCUGAUGACAAAAAGUCAUUGAUUGCAAAGGAGAACAGAUAUAUGUGCCCAGUUACACAUGAUAUUUUAAGCAAUGCAGUACCGUGUGCAGUAAUCAGAACUACUGGACAUGUGGUGACCAUGGAGUGUGUUGAGAAAAUAAUAAAAAAGGAUUGGUUGCAUCCUCUCACGGGUGAUACAUUGAAAGAAAAAGAUAUAAUACCACUGCAAAGAGGAGGCACAGGAUAUGCUCUUACAAAUCAAAACCUUGAAGGAAAGAAUGAGAGGCCAGUGUUGCAAGCUUAA